AUGGCCCCAAAGAAAGAAAAAAGUCAUCUGAAACGAGGCCGGCCCAGUGCGGGAAACCAAGCACUUCAAGAGGCGAAAAAACCACGACGCUCAGAGCGGAUAUCGUCUCAAUCCCAAUCCCAAUCCACCAACUUCAACAACGUGUAUCUGCCCUCCCCGCUCACCCACCAAGAGUCCACGGCUACCGAACUGCAGAACGAAACGACAGUGGCCCCGUUCGAAGGCCGUCGCAGCCAAUUCCGUCAUCACACCCCGGUUGCUGAGCUGCCCUUCUCAUCCCCUCCGAGUGAUACUCAAGCCCUCUCCCAAUUUGUUUACCCCCCAAGAGCUCUUGCAGAUGAAGUGGACGACGAGGCCGCUGAGGGGAUCUGGGGCUACCUUAUUCCUCUCGAUGACAAGUUCGGAGACCCAUUGGUUUUGAAAAAGAGAGACACUUGCUCUUCGCCUGCCGGGCGACAAGCAAAUCGCAGAAAUGGAACCUCAAGAUCAAAACGAGGCAAAUCCAAAUUAGAAACCCCUGCUUCCCAAGAUCAUACCGGUGGCUAUCUCAUCGGGCGCCAUUCGGAAUGCGAUUUCGUCCUUGAUAUACCCACCAUAUCCAAUCGGCAUUGUUUGAUAUAUAACGAAAACAAACGAGGUGAUUCCGUUGCCGUGCUGGAAGACCUGUCCAGCAACGGGACAUUUAUCAACGAGGCAAUCGUGGGGCGCAAUAAACGCCGCGAGCUAGAGGAUGGAGACGAAGUAACCGUGCUGGAUGAAGCGCGUUUUGUCUUUCGCUAUCCGAAAAUCAGAGACACUAACAAAUUCCGACAGCAAUAUCGCAUUCUGCAACAGCUAGGGAAGGGCCAUUUUGCCUCUGUAUACCUGUGCGUAGAGAGGUCGACCGGUGACAAAUAUGCAGUGAAGCGUUUUGAGAGACGCCCGGGAGACUCACAGCGAGCCGACAAUGAUGGUUUAAAGCAGGAAAUUGCGGUGCUCAUGAGCGUGAAUCACCCGAACGUACUCUGUCUGAAGGACACCUUCGACGAGAGCGAUGGUGUCUACUUAGUCCUCGAACUUGCCCCCGAAGGCGAGCUAUUCAAUUGGAUUGUUUCGAAUCAAAAGCUUACGGAAAAUGAAGCCCGAAAGGUUUUCACUCAAUUGUUUAAGGGUCUCAAAUAUCUUCAUGAACGGAACAUUGUCCACCGGGACAUUAAGCCGGAGAAUAUCCUGUUGGUGGAUGAUAAGCUUACCGUGAAGCUGGCUGAUUUUGGCCUUGCUAAAAUAAUAGGGGAGGAUUCUUUCACGACGACUUUAUGUGGCACACCCAGCUAUGUUGCUCCUGAAAUUCUCGAAGAAAAUCCGCGCCAUCGGAAAUACAGCCGGGCAGUGGACAUCUGGUCUCUUGGCGUGGUGUUAUACAUCUGCCUCUGCGGCUUCCCGCCGUUCUCCGACGAACUCUACACGCGCGAAAACCCCUACACGCUGGCUCAGCAAAUCAAGCUGGGCCGCUUCGACUAUCCCUCUCCCUACUGGGAUUCAGUCGAGGACCCAGCACUCGAUCUCAUCGACCGAAUGCUCACUAUUGACUUUAACAAGCGCAUCACCAUCGACGAGUGCCUGGAGCAUCCGUGGUUGACGGGGCGCGGCAAGUACCCGAGCAUCAACGACAGCACAGACGGCCUGACGGGUGCAAUGGGCCAGCUUGAUUUCUCGAAGCGUAAAAUGGCGCGCGAACGCACUUUGAUAAGUAGCAUCAACAUUCUACCAUCGAGCCAGGUUGUUGGCGAUCUAGCAACGGGAGGACAUGGGUAUAGACCGGUGAGAGUAUUCGACAGGAACGAAGCCAGCAGACGAAUGCACCAUGCGCCGAGGGGUGGUGGUGGUGGUGGUGGUGGUGGUGGGCGAGUGCGGCAGGAACCCACACCCGCGGCAAAUAGGGAUCCAGCCCACUUCAUGAAUUUGGGUGGGCGUGGAGAUCCGACAUUAUACAGCGAUGAUCAGGACGAGAGCAAUACGCACAAUACGGAACUAGUAACAUUGGAAGGCUGGGCAGGGGUAAAGUUGCAUGCUGCCAUUCGGUAUUACAGGGUCUUGGAACCAGAUGGUAAUUUCUCAAACUUAUCGUGUUUGGGCUUCAUCUCCCCUGAACGAUUCUCCUUGACUGUGGUUGUCGAAUCCCCCACAAUUCUCAGCAGUCGAUUCCUCUGCGCCGCUGAUAUCGCCAUGGGGCACCUUGCCGAUGUUGUCGCUCGUGUCUGUGCCCACUGCUCUACCCUGUCUCUCUGGGCGCUUCUGCUCGCCGGUUCCGCUACUUUUAUCGUCCUCUCCGUGAUCAUAAACCUCCUACACCAACUUCUCUGGAAAAACCCCAAUGAGCCCCCCGUUGUCUUCCACUGGUUCCCAAUCAUCGGAAGCACCAUCUCCUAUGGAAUUGACCCGUACAAGUUCUUCCUGGACUGCAGGGAAAAGUAUGGCGACAUCUUUACAUUCGUCCUUCUUGGAAAAAAGACUACCGUGUUUCUUGGAACAAAAGGCAACGAUUUCAUCCUGAACGGCAAGCUCAAGGAUGUUUGCGCCGAGGAGGUCUACUCGCCACUCACCACGCCCGUUUUUGGCAGACAUGUCGUCUACGAUUGUCCAAACUCGAAGCUGAUGGAGCAAAAGAAGUUUGUCAAAUACGGGUUAACCUCGGAAUCAUUACGGUCAUACGUUACUUUAAUCACAGACGAAUUCAACCGAUACAUAAAAACAUCACCUGCAUUUCAGGGUGACAAGGGAGUUCUCGAUGUGUGCAAAAGCGUUUCUGAGAUUACCAUAUAUACCGCCUCCCGCUCGUUGCAAGGAAAAGAAGUGAGAAGCAAGUUCGACUCUAGUUUUGCCCAGCUCUAUCACGAUUUGGAUAUGGGGUUUACCCCGAUCAACUUCAUGUUCCCCUGGGCCCCACUACCCCAUAACCGUAAGCGCGACGCCGCCCAGCAAAAAAUGUCGAAAAUCUACACGGACAUCAUCCGUCAGCGACGGGAAGCCGGCGUCAAAAAGGAUUCAGAAGAUAUGGUCUGGAAUUUGAUGUCCUGUGUUUACAAGGAUGGAACUCCGCUCCCAGACAUCGAGAUUGCCCACAUGAUGAUCGCGUUGUUAAUGGCCGGCCAGCACUCAUCCUCCGCCACCCUCUCAUGGAUCAUUCUCCGGCUCGCAUCUUGCCCACACAUUAUUGAGGAGCUGUAUGAGGAGCAGAAACGGGUGCUUGGGGAAGACCUCCCACCUCUGACCUAUGAAACGCUUCAGAAUCUCAACCUCAACUCUCACGUUAUCAGAGAGACCCUCCGCAUUCAUGCUCCAAUUCACUCCAUUCUCCGCGCCGUCAAAUCUCCAAUGCCUGUUGACGGAACACGCUAUACAAUCCCCACCACCCACAACCUGCUCGCAGCACCCGGCGUAACAUCACGAUUACCCGAGCACUUCCCCAAUCCGAUGACCUGGGACCCUCAUCGCUGGGAAAAUCCUGCAAUGGCACAGGUGGAAGAUCAAUCCGACGAAAAGCUUGACUACGGCUACGGCUUGGUCAGCAAGGGCGCCAACAGCCCUUACCUACCCUUUGGCUCCGGGCGACAUCGGUGCAUCGGUGAACAAUUCGCAUAUGUACAGCUAGGAACUCUCCUAGUUGCGAUCGUCAGACAGCUAAAAUUGAAGAAACUCGACGGUGAGACAGGAGUGCCAGAAACAGAUUACUCGUCACUUUUUUCAAAGCCUCUAGGAAAACCGCUUGUCGCAUGGGAGAGGAGAAAUCCCACCCAAAAAUAAACCAUACCGCUCAUAUUUUCCCGGCCUGCGUUUGGGCCAUGUACUACGCUCAAGGGAAGUUUGUGUUAAAACUAUUUUGAUCUUAUUUUGACUUUCUCGUCUCCUUCUUUUCCUGCAAUUUCUCACCUUGGAAGAGGAUAUUAUAUUUUUUAUUCUCGCACUGUAAAGGUCCAAACGGCCCUCACACUUUGCGCUUUUCUUCAUCUGUAUGUUUAUAUGCAUCUACGUAAUGGUAAUAAUCGAGUUGUGGAACUGUUUAUAUUAUAU